GCGUUUGACAAUUGAGAAAUUGUUAGAAAUUCUCGUCCUGAUUCCGGGUGAAGAUCCACAUUUCUGUUACUACGUUUUUCGGUAUUCGGUUAAAGAUCGGAUAGUAGGAACCUAACUUUAUCUUUAACUUCUUAAGAUUGUGUAAAUCAAGCUCAUCAUUCCAAUUCAUAUAAACAUUUUCUAAUGUCAAAUCUUCAACGUUGAAAAUGCAAUUCAACAUUUUAGCUAAAUUUGACUCUAAAACUUCUGUUUUAUAAUCUUUUCUGUCCCGUAAUGUAAAUUUUUUAAUUCUCUCUCCAAAUUUCGCCACUAUAUUUAAGAUUAGUUCAAAGUUUGGCAGAAUAGGGAGAAUUAUUGUCAAAUUUUUAAACUCGCGAGAUGUAUUAAUGAUUGAUUUGUAAAUAUAUACCAUGGAAAAAUCUCCUGAAAAUGAUUUAAGUACAAGUGAACAAGAACCUAAUAAGAGAAAAGGUUCAAUAGAAAAUUUCGAUGAAAAGAAACGAAUUCGACAGAAAAAUGCUAAAAGAGGUUUUGAAAUUUUCAAGAAUAAAGUAAUUUCUCUCAUUGAUUCUGAUCACGAAUAUGAUAAAACAAAAAAAAAGAAGCCAGGAAAAGUUUCUGAAUUUUCUGAUACAAUCAUUCCUGCCACACCAUCACCUCCAAAGGAAAAGAAAAAUAACAAGCAUAAGAAGGAGUUUGAGCCAAAAACAAACAUUCCGUCAAAACCAUUUGGAGAACAUCACAAAAAAAUGUACAAAGGUGUCAUCAAUGCUGAACUAAACAAAUCGAAUUCAUCAUUAUUGUCAUCCCCAUCAAUAAUGUCAGUUUCAUUGACUUCUAAAUAUCGGAACAGCCUUCUCAAUGCCACAAAACACUCAAGUGUUCAUCAGGAUAAUCCCAAACCUCUUCAAGAGACGAAUGAUAAAUUAUUUGAUGAAAUAAAACAAUCAAAUGAUUCAAAUAUUCAGGAAAACCCAAACCCAAAAGAUGAUAAAAUUGAAAACAUUAAAAAUAGUUCUCAAAAACAUUCGAACAAGGAAAACAUUGAGUUAUCUCCGGUUAAAAAAUUUGUUCCUAAGAAAUCUUGGUCUGACAUCAAUUUAAAAUCAAUAAAACAUUUGAAGAAAAAUGUUCGUAACUUCAAGGCAAUAAUUGAAGAAAUUAAUAAGGCCAAUCAGAAAAUUCUAGACUUUCGACAUGAACUCAAUAAAAGUUGCGAUUCUGAAACAAGUGGCUCAGGAAAAUCAGACAACGAUAUGUAAUUUCAUUCAUUUCAUAAAACUUUUUAUAUUAGUUCUUAACUUUUCGUUGAAAAAUUACAUGAAAACAAAGAAAAUUAAUGGCAAUAAUUGCAUUUCGGCGAGCAUUUCUUUCCGAAGACUCCACAUUUACAACCUCCACUGGUAUCACCUUUUCCAUUAGGACCCCAUCUGGGACCUGAUUUGAAACGUAAAACACAUAAUUUAGAUGAAGGUUUUGAAAAGAACUUGAAAGUUGUUCUUACCUCUUGUUACCCAACAAAUCUCCGUUUUACAAAAAGAACAUUUCAACCAAUCACAACCCCAUUUUUUAAGUAAAAAUAUCUGUAGAUAUUUGAUCAAACAUAAAUAAAAUGAAAAAUAAACAAAAUAUAAAAUUCUUUCUCAC